AUGCGAAAUAAGCCUUCCAAGGUUCGGCAGAAUGGAAACUCAUGGCCUUUGUGUGAUUCCAAGUCACCGCUCAACGUGCGGGUGGCUGUUUUCUACGCCUGCGCCUUACCCGUAUGCUUGAAGUGGUUGCUUGCCGAAAACUGUGGGAUGGCGUCCCUGUUGAAGGCCAUAGCUCUUCUUAUUCUGCGUGGGAGCUUGAGGCUCUGCUGCCCAUGUUACUGCGGUUCCGAAGGGUACGCUCAAGGGUACGGCAAAAACGGUUAA